UCCGGCUUAAAGGUUAAAGAAGAAAAGCUCCCACCCUCUCUUAUUUUUACACUGAUUUAGCAAGAUAGUGGGCUAAUGUUAGCUUUUACUAGUGACUGACGUCCUUUGAAAAUGAUGCUUGUUAUAAGUGUUUAAAGAAACGGACAGUCAUAUUUCGCGUUGUUUCAGUCUUUGUGUCUGGAAUGUGCGUAAAUCUUUUAGAAACGGUCUGCGUUUAAAAUAUUUUAAACAAGCUCAAUGGUUGUACUGCCUGGCGUUUUGGCUUCCUUUGUCAGCUUGACUUCCGUUUACAUUUGCGACUACAUAGCAGCAAUAUAGCUGCCGUUAGCACGUUUGCUCGCUAUCGGUGAAAAGAAAACAUUUGGAACUGAAAUUGGCCGAAUACAUAUUUCGCUAAGAAAUACCGUACUUUCAGUUCAACAAUAUAAACACAAACCUACAUUUGUAGCUUACAGAUUAGCGGGAUGAAAUAUUCAAUCAGCUAGCUAGCUAGCACUAAUGCUAUAGCGUGAACAAUAACAAACAGGACUGCUUAAAAUUAGCUGUAUUGCAAGAUGAUUAUUUUGGAUAAGUAAAUGAGAGAAAUCGCGCUCAUAACUGACUUCUGGCAACGCGGACUAUACAAGAUCGAUACCUAGGUAGCUAGCUAGCUUCAACGUUGGCUAGCUAGCUAUAUUCACUAUCUUGAAUGAGGUGUGUCGAUUAAAAUAACCUUAGCCAGUUAAUGUUGUCCAAUCUCACAUCAGCUUGCGAGCAGAAUAUUCUUAUAAUUGCUACAGUCAUAUAGUUGUUUUAUUCUAUAUUUUACAAAUUUACAAACUUCUCAUCAACGCUGGUUUGUUGCAACAAUGUUUCGCUAUUUGAGUGAUGUGGACGAGACCCCAUUCGUGAUGGACCCCUUCGCAGCCCACAGGCAGCAGAUGCGCAGCCUGUUUGGGUCCUUUGGAUUUGAGCCCUUUCCGCUCACGCCCCAGAUCCAGGCCCCCCGCAGCCCACACAUCCAGGCUGGUGCCAUGGCCCCCUUUGGAAUGAUGGGAAUGGGUGGAGGAGGCUUCAUGGACAUGUUUGGGAUGAUGGGAGGAAUGAUGGAGAAUAUGGAGAGAAUGUCCGGCUCCCCCAGCUGCCAGACCUACUCUUCCUCCACCGUCAUCUCCUACUCCUCAACAGACUCCGGCGCGCCCAAGGUGUACCAGCAGACCAGCGAGCUGCGGACUGCGCCUGGAGGGAUCCGGGAGACGCGUCAGGCCAUGCGAGACAGCGAAAGCGGGGUGGAGCGCCUGGCCAUCGGCCACCACAUCUGGGACCGGGGUCACGUGAUGGAGAGGUCCCGCAACCGCAACACGGGCGACCGCGAGGAGAGGCAGGACUACAUCAACCUGGAAGAGAGUGAGGCUGCAGCCUUUGACGAGGAAUGGAGGAGGGAGGCGGGCCGCUACCCCCCUCCCAGCGCCCGGGGGCUGGACUACGGCCGCGACAGGAGGGCGGGCGGCGCGGUCCAGCAGCUGGCCCUCACUGCCCCUCCCAACUCCUCCUCCCCCCCUGUCCCCCUCCAUGACUCCCCCAGGCACCCCCCGCCCCCCACUCGCCCCCGCUACGACUGGUGACCGGGAACAGAAAAAGAGAGAGAGAAGGUGAAAGAAGGGUCCACUUGAUGCUGUGAAAGAAAAUGAGGGAAAGAAGUGGCAUAUGAAGAGGAAAUGACUGACCUUUGAAGAUGUUUGAUGUAACUGGACUGUCUAUAUAUAAAUUAUACAUACAGUGCAAUGCAUAACACCACACCCAGUAUGCAUCAGAACACACACACGUGCAGUAGACAUGCCAAGUAACUGUAACAUUCGACACACUGUAUAUACAGUAAAGGCACACAUUUUCACACUACACAGUGCUGCAGCACACACACUGUAUACACAUACUGUACAGUCCAUAUGUUUGUGUAGAGACUAGUUUAUCUGUGGAUUGAAUUGUACACUGUUGACUAAUUACCUACUUAAUAAAAAUCAUUAAUAAACAUUGUUAGAUAAAA